CUUUCAAAUGUUUAAUAAAACACUUCGAUUAUAAAAUUAAUAAAUUUUGGGUUAAAAUCAAACAAACACUGGCGGUCGUGUUGUCUUUUUAAUUUAAAAAUAACAUCCGAAAGUAACUGUGUUAGGAACAUCAAGAAUAUUUAUAUACUUCCAGAUAGAUAUUAAUAAUUUAAAGAAUGCCACUAUUAGAAUCAUGUUGGUCACCAUGUAUUUGGUCAUCUACUGUGAAAAGCGGAACCAGAGCGGUAGCUGUUUAUACCGCGGCUAUGAGUAUAAUUCUCAUAAUAUUUAUAGCAUAUCAGAUGGAUGGUGGUGAUUCUACACAGUUAUGGAAUCCUCUGUUUGAGGCUGAUGUGAGAGGGUCUCUACAAGUAUUUGGAACGAUUUUCAUCGUAAUACUGGUUGUUCUUUUUAUAUCUUCAAUAUUAAUGGUAAUUGGCGUUAACAUAUGGAUGCGCGGCUUAAUGCUGCCAUGGAUGAUUACAAUGGGUUUAAUCAUAGUCUUUCAGUUAUUGUUCGGCUUGUGGCUCAUUGGAGGAUACUAUAUUUAUCUCGAUGCCACUUUUGCUGCAUUCCUUGACUUUUUAUGGAUGGCAUACAAUAUCUAUUGCUGGUUAUGCGUGUUAUCACAGUAUCAAAUAAUAUUAGAUAUGCAGUCUCCGAACAUAGAAAUUUUAGUUGAAUACUAAUAUUGUUUUAAAAUGAAGGAACUGCAAGACUUCAAAGGUUGUAUUUCCAAAUGUAUGUACGUACAAUUUUUUUAACCACGCAGGUCACAAAAUAACAUCUAGAAAGAAAAAAAACCACAAACUAUACAACUUUAAUUCUUGUGAUGACUUUAGUGUUUCUUCUGUUUUUUUUUAUUGAAAUUAAUUUAAAAUUAUG